AUGGCCUGGACUGUGGUUUUAUUAUUGACAAUAUGUGUGUGUUUGACUUAUGGUCAACAGGAUUUAUAUUCCAAUGUCAUGGAGGGGUUACAUACUCUGCCAGAACAAGCAGCACAAAGCCGACUUCUCCAGUCACAGAUAAUGAAUUCGGAUUACACACAGCCGGGAGUUCGGCUUUUCUCUAUGAUCUCACAGCUGUCCCCAUUGAAUAGGGACAGCUUUCUUGAGUCUCUGGAAGCCUUGCUCCCCCUCCUCAGGACUAUAACCAAGUAUAAUGUCACAGAAACAUGCCUCAAUCACACCGAAAAAUACGUCAUGGGUUUAUUGAAUCGAAAGAUGUGGAGUCUCAGAAUGUUGGAUGCUGCAGGCAAGCCUGGAACUGGUCUCUUGAAUUUCAACUUGAACUGGUAUGGAUCUUAUGAAGAAUGUACAAAUAUCACUCUCCCAGAAUUCCGUGGAAAAUACUGCUCUGUUAACUUUCCUUUGGUUAAAUCUAGUGCAACACAAAGUCCUGUUGCUCUGGGAAUCAAAGCUGGUAUCAACAUUGGUGUUUGUAUGCCUAGUAGCUGUAGUGGACAAGAUGUUUCAAACCUCAUCAAUUCAGUGUUUUCUGUGACGGUUGAUUCUAUCAACAUUGGGAAUGCCAGUUUGGAUGCUGGACAAACUAUUUGUCAGGAAUAUGACCUGAAGCUAGAUACGAAAGCCAUUGUGGUGACGGUGAUAUCCAGUAUAUUCCUCGCCUUUUUGGUGAUUGCUACUUUGUAUGAUCUGGUGUGCAUACAAUGGCCAAAGGACAAACUCAAGGAAUACGAGGCACUAAAUGGUAUGCCUGCUUUCACACACAAGAUAGGUGCUAAUGAUGGAGAAACACAGCCUCUUCUAGGAGCCCAUAAUCCAGGAGAUGAAGAAACACCAGGAAUGCUGGUUAAGGUCCUGAUGGCCUUUUCCAUGUACUCAAAUGCCCGAAAGAUUCUGAAUACUCAUCAAGGUCCUGGUUCCAUCACCUGUAUUAAUGGUGUGCGCUUCCUGAGUAUGAGCUGGGUGCUGUUGGGCCAUACGUUUGCAUUUGGUAUAGGUGUUGCAGACAAUCUGCUGACAUUUUUACCAGCCUUUAUGAAAAGAUGGACAGCCCAUGUUAUAUUGAACGCCCUUGUGUCUGUAGAUUCAUUCUUCACAAUCAGUGGGCUCCUGCUGUCCUACCUUGUCCUGAAGGAAAUGAAGAAGAAGAAUGGCAAACUGAACUGGGGAAUGUUUUAUUUCCAUAGAUUUUGGAGACUGACACCACCAUACAUGCUGCUGAUGAUGGUCUAUGUACCUCUGUUUCGCUACAUGUUUCAAGGUCCUGAUUGGCUACAAGGUGGCACAGAGAAAAACUUCUGUGCUGACACCUGGUGGACAAAUCUGUUGUACAUCAACAACUUAGUACAUAAAAGUGACAUGUGUAUGGCGUGGUCAUGGUACCUUGCCAAUGACAUGCAGUUCUUUGUUGUCAGCCCAUUGAUGAUUGCACCUCUGUUCUUUGUCCCGACCAUUGGCAUCAUUGUUUGUAUGGUGUUUCUCCUGGCCAAUAUGAUUAUUUCUGGUGUCAUCUCCCGUACAGAGGACAUGCCUCCUUCAAUGUUAGGAGGGGGUGGAACACUCGCCGGUACCCAGGCCUAUUUCAAUGAUUACUAUAUUGUACCUUACUGUCGUAUUGGGACAUACGUGGUGGGCAUCAUCACUGGAUACAUUCUUUACAAGACAGAAUGUCGCUGUCGCAUCAACAGGUAUGUGAACCUCUUGUGCUGGGCAUUAGCAGCAGCAGUUGCAUGUUCUGUUGUGUAUGGCCUGUACAAUCCGAUAAAUGGCCAUCCGUUGAGUUUGGACGUGUCAGCCUUGUACAACGCCACCCACAAGAUAGCGUGGGGAGCCUGUUUAUGCUGGAUGAUCUUUGCUUGUGCCACUGGUAAUGGAGGUUAUGUGAACACAAUACUGUCGUGGAAGGCCUUCAUUCCCUUGAGUCGUCUGACAUACUGUGGCUAUCUGAUACACCCAAUCAUCAUGUUUGCCUUCUACUUCAGCCACCAAACAACUAUACACUUUGAUAACUUUACCCUGAUCAUGAUCUUUUUGGGAAUACUGUGUCUGACCUUCAUGUCUGCUUUUGUUCUCUCCCUUGCAUUUGAGGCUCCAUUUAUGGGUCUGGAAAAGGUUAUCUUCAGACGGGAAAGAUCAGAGAAGAAAUAA